AGAGGAGCACACAUGAGUUGUCAAACAGGUUUGUCUUAAGCUGCUCAGUUCUUUCAAACGCAUUCACACACACACUUUCCUCAUCAGGACAGCAGUGUGUGUCCACUGGGCCAAAACCAGAAACCCAGGAGACGCUCAGGAGACCAGCUGGGACUGACAAGGAAGUCCAAAUGACAGCGAUGGAAUGGAGCUGAUCGUGAGACCGCACAGAGGAGACACUCUGGGAGAUUUAUGUCAAGGUGAGAGGAAAAAGUUGUAAAAACAAAGCGCACGAGGACAGGUACAACCACUCGUUUCACAAAAUGCCUUGGGAGACUCGUCAACACUCAGCGAGGCAGCCGGCGAGGACUGCUGCAGCUGCUACGCCACCACGCUUACGUCCCAAAGGUCCAGUGGGGCCGGACUUUUACCAGCAGUUCAAGACAGCCGCAGGAAGACCGAAGCAGAGCGCGGUGGAGAGGCUGGAAGCAGACAAGGCUAAAUAUGUCAAGAGUCAGGUGGCGCUCUCCAAACAGCAGCCGGUCAGGCCUCCUGAAGUGCGGAAGCCUCUGCUGAACCCGGGGUCCACUCUGCGGCCCACCAGGAAGACGCCAUCCACCACGAAAACGAAGCAGGAGGGAGUCCAGCUGGACUUGGAGCAUCUGAGUAACCUGAUCAGUGGCGUGAAUGAUGGUGCUGCUGUGAACUCAGAGGACAGUGACGCUCCUGAUGGCGCUGUCACGUCACCUCACGCCACACCUGCAGGCGCGCAGCAGAAAAAGGAGAGACCAUGUCCACCGCCGCGUCCUGAUUGGUCCAGUCCAGCUAAAGUAAGAUUAAAAGCCUCUGAGCCUGCAAGGGUGGACAGUUCCAGCUCUCCUGGGUCUCAAGCUGCAGGGACGGUCCGCAGAGUGGACGUCAUGCCUCAGGCCAGUCCUGCGAGGACGCCCUGCAGACCGCCUCAGUACAUCCGGCAGCCUCUUCAGCCCAUCCCACUACACUCCCAGUUUCCACUCCGCCCGGCUGCUUCACGCCUGCGUCUCUUCCACACCAGAACAACAGCACAUCCGUCCCCUCUGAAACCUGUUGUCGCUCCGCUUAAACCUGACGAACCUCCCUCCGCUCCGGCUCAACCCCCUGCUCCUGCUCCACCUCCCCCCAGCUUCCCCCUUUUCCCUCCUCCCUCCCCAGCCAUCACCCGUUUGUCCUCCUCCAGCUCCAGGAAGCGCCCCUCUCUGACGCGCUCUAAGUCGGACAUGAGCGACCGGUGCUCCCGAGCCGGGACGGAGCUGGAGCGUUUCUUUAACCUGUGUGGUUUGGACCCUGCAGACCUGCAGCAGCUGACUGGAUCUAGCUCUGACAUUGUGUCCAUGGCCCGGUUCCGCAGCGUGAGCGCUCCGGGGUCCGAGUGUGCGGGCUCUGGUAGAGAGGAUGGAGAUGAGGAGGAGGAGGAGGAUGCUGGGAACGCUGCAGAGCGGGUUCCCUACGGGGUUUCUGUUAUUGAGAGAAAUGCUCGAGUGAUCAAGUGGCUGUACGGACUCCGUCAGGCCAAAGACAGCGCAACCAAGAGCACCAAUUUAUAGGCCGGGAUUAAAGGAAUACUUAAAAACAAAAUGACCUUUUUAUAUCAGUUAGUCACGCCCUGUUACCCCAAAUACGUGGAGAAAAUGUGUUUUUACUCCAAUGCCUCCCCGGAAAUGACAAAUUUAUUUGUUUACUGAUUGAUUAGUAACUUUGUUUGACAGCAGCAAAACUAUAUUGCUAAAUCAGGUUUGUCCAAACCUUCUGAAAAGGGGCCAGAUUAGAAAAUGUGAAAAAUACCUAAAUGCUCCUCGCAUCAUAUGGGUUAUUUUAAUAAACAAAAAACUUUCCACCGAUUCUCUGAAAACAGCGAUCCUCACCAAUGACUUAUCGCCUCUUUUCUGUUUGCUCGUUUACUGUCUUUUUAUAAAUACAUCAGUUCUACCUGCAAAAUUCCCAACUGAUGCAUGGCUCCAGUAUGUAUAAUGGUUUUGCUAUUGUAAGAUGAAUCUAGAAAAAUGCAAAGUAGCAUCGCUUGAUUAACCCGUAUUGUGUAGCCGGCCCAUAGACCGAAUGGGUCGGCCACGUGUGGUAUGCUGUGAAGGUAAAGCUGAGGGCCCAUUAAAAUUGGUACGAGGGCCACGUUUGUCUUCCAGGCCAGACUGUGAACAUGCCUGUGCUAGAUCAUUCCCGAAAACGUAACAAUUUAAAACUGAACUGAAAGUGAAACUUAUCUUUGUUCUCUGUAAAACCAGACUGCCAGACAGUCAGAAUGCACGUGUGUUGUACUGAUCAUACGACGGGAUAAAUGAGACUUCCACACAUGAGUUGUUUCAAAGUUUAAUGUAUGUUUUGAUAUAGUUUUGCUGUUGUUAUUCGUGGUUCUCAAUAUGUUUCAGUGUUUGCAGGGUGAAUAACUGAUGUAUUGAUCCAGUCAAAGCUGAUCAUGUCAGAUCGAUGGGUGAGAGGAGCAGCUGCUGCAGAGGUGGUGAAAGCAAUCUUUUAGAUCAGCACAAUUAUGGAUUAAGUUUAAUUUGUUAUUAGUUUAAUGCACAACCAAACAGUAUAUACGUAUAAUCCAAUAGUGCUCCAAAUGAACGGUUCAGCAUGAAAAAAAAAUAAAGCCUGUUUGUGGCGGCAGAUGUUUUGAUCACAAUAAAUUCAUGUGGGACAUGCGAGGAAAAGUUUUCUCCACAGAUUUAAGGUAACACAGCAUGGCCAAUUCUCCUUUUGUGGGUGAAGUAUUACUUUAAAUGAUCUGUGAGAUUUAAAACAAAAGCUUAAUUUUCAAUAUGUCAAAAUUUCAAAAACACAGUGAUGGGAUCCCAUGAUUAAACUGAGCUAUGUGAUGAUGAAGGGAUGGAAGUCAUUUGUCUGCUAGCUAAUUUACUUCUGUUUGGUUCCCUUGUUUGCUUUGAUUUUUAAUUUUUAUUUGACAAAAUUUGUUGGCAUUUUUGUUAUUGAAAAACAGAAAGGGUUAUUUUUACUCUGAGAAAGUCUUUUCUUGUUAUUUUGACUUGAAUUUUUUUUUUUUGAUUCUUAUAAUGGAGAUGUGAAAAUGUCAUCUCUGGUCACGUAAAUGAACGACAUUAAAGGUUGAAUGAUGAAAGCA